AGGAGGAGUCCUCUCAUCCUUUCAUCUCUUCAUCGCUGUGUGCUGCUGCCUUAUCGUCUGCAUCAGCAUACCUGCAAACAGCCUCCUCCUGUGGGGUCUUCUGAGGGAACGAGCUUGGAAGACCGCAUCUGACAUCUUACUUCUGCAACUCACAAUCUCUGACCUUUUCUUCACUGUGUCCCUGCCUUUUGAGGCUUACCAGCUUUUACAUGGCUGGAUCAUUGGGUUAGUGGCCUGUAAAGUCUUAAGAGGAGUUUUUUUUCUGGGGCUGAACAGCUACGUGUUGAUCCUCACCGCCAUGACGAGGUAUAAUUAUGUUACUGUGUGCAGGAUAAGAGGACAACGCCAGGCUUCAAGAUUGAUUACAGGGAUGGUUGUUGUUUUUUUCAUUUGUUUGGCACCAUACAAUAUCAGACAUUUCAUAGUGUCUUUGGAAAUGCUGCGUGUUCUGAAAAUAUCACAUGAAUGG